ACAAGAGUAAGCAGCCGGGAACGGAACCGACCAAAAAGUUUAGUUAAUCAGAAAUAGCCUUCAACAAAGGAUGGAAUCGCACGCUUCUCGUAUAUCAAUAAAUUUUAGUUAAUGUAUUACGUUUUCUCAUAAUUUUGUUUUUAUCGUGCCGAUGUUGAUAUGUAUUAGAUUAUUUCAAGUUUAUUUCAUGUUAUGAAUUAAAAUCCUUAAACUGAACGAAACAUUAGAUGUGAAAUUUGAAGAUUUAUGUGUGAUUCUGAUGACUACUAAUAAAUUUGCCGUGAAGUAUUUAAAAAUGCCAUGUCGUGUCGUGAAAAUUAAUAAGACUGGUCAUAUCUCUUGACUACCUACAGCCUGACUGCAUUCAGCUAGCUAAAAUAAAUAGUCUUUAUAUUCAAAAUAAAGUCAAAUCUCUCUUUUUAUUAACAUCACAUUUCAUUGUGGGACUCAAAAUAUGGAUUUCACUUUUCAUUCAUAUUUAAAUUAUUCCAACUCUUGGUCCUUCGAAGUGUCCUCAAUUACAUGCAAUUUGAAAAGCGCAUAUUAGUAAAGUGAAAGUUUUUUUCGAAGAAAUGUGAUCAACAACGCACGCUUAUUAAUUGCUACCUUUCAUUUACUAAUUCGUAUAGAAAUGGUUCUUAGCAUAUGCAUAAAAAGUCAAUUCAUAUAUUGUACAUGAAAGGUUCGGAUCGAAUGCAGGCAUUGAUGAAUUUCUCGUUAAGUUAAAAAACAAGCGUCAAUAAGUUAGAAGGCCUUUUUUGAAUGAAUGAACUGUUGACUGUCGGCAAAGAUUUUAAGUAAAUAAAAUCUCCUAAACGUUUACUGUCACUGUCUCUGUCUUAAUCAACUAAACAAAAAUGCUUCAAACUAAAAACUCAAAUCCUGGAUCAGAAACAGCAGUAGCUGUUCUAAAAACUAAAUCAUCAAUCAUGCAACCGAUAUCGCAGCUGAAUUUACGCUUCGUUCUGAUUUGUGUUGCUAUCCUGUACAUUAUUCCUGAAAAAGUAAUCGCUUCUGACUUUUUUGAUACUCAAGGACCAAAUUUUUUUACUGAACCACCACACCGCGUAGAAUUUAUAAGUACGGCCGGAACACUUGUCGAUUGCACAGCUCAUGGUAACCCUGCACCAAGUGUCGAAUGGUUGGACAAAGAUAAUAACCCCAUUACAUCAGUCUCUAAGGUUCGACAUAUACUCGCAAAUGGUUCACUGUACUUUCCACAAUUUGAAGCCGAAGAAUUUAGACAAGAUGUACAUUGGUCAGUUUAUAAAUGCGUGGCAUCAAAUUCUGUAGGAACUAUUGUUUCAAGAGACGUUGUAGUAAAGGCUGUGGUCAACCAACGAUAUGAACCUGAAGUACAAAACCCAGGCGGAUUCAUUGGGAGCAACGUGCUGAUCAAAUGCAAUAUACCUUCAUUUGUUAAGGAAUAUGUGACAGUGACAUCAUGGCUACAAGAGCCCAACUUUAAUAUAUACCCCUCACUGGAGGGAGAUGGAAAAAGUCAUAUGCUGCCUACUGGAGAGCUCAUGGUAUUGAAUGUUACACGAUUAGAUGCACUUAGAAUAUAUCGUUGCAGAACUCAUCACCAAUUAACGCAGGAAGCUGUAGUUAGCAGUAAUGCUGGGAAAAUACAAUUGACAGAAAUGCGCGAACUUGUCCCUCCAAUUAUAAACGAAAAAUUUGUGAGUCUAAAACCUAGACUGGGAGAACCUGUAGUAAUUCCGUGUGUUGCCUAUGCGAAUCCAACGCCAGUGUACCGAUGGCAUACCAAACGUAACGACAAAGAAGACUCUAUUGAUUCUUUUAUUGCAACCAGCCGUUUUAAAAUACGAGAUGGAACUUUAAUCAUAACAUCUAUCGAGCAAAAUGACAGCGGUUAUUUUUUUUGCACUGCAACAAAUUCAGAGGGCAGCGAAAUGCUAGAAGUACAACUAUCAGUCAUAUCACCAUUGACCAGUAACAUUCAGCCUGUUAUUCAAACAAUAAAUUUAGGGAAGUCUGCCGAUCUAGUAUGUAGGUGCACGGGAUUUCCUAAAGAUAGUAUUACAUGGCUGAAAGAUGGACAACCUUUGCGUUCUGGAGCGCGGGUUCGAUUAUUGUCAAAGGAGCAUAUCCGUAUUACAUCAAUUGCCAAAGAAGAUAAGGGAAUGUAUCAGUGUUUUGUUAAGAACGACAAGGAUUCAAGCCAGGCAACAGCUGAGUUACGUUUAGGGGAAGUAGCACCGCAGCUUAUAUACAAGUUCAUUGAGCAAACCAUGCAGCCUGGUCCGUCGGUAUCUUUGAAAUGCAGUGCAACUGGUAAUCCAACACCCCGCAUAACAUGGUAUUUAGAUGGUUUCGCUCUGCCGAACAAUGACCGUCUGAUGAUCGGACAAUACGUAACUUUAUUUGGUGACGUUAUCAGCCAUGUAAAUAUAUCUGCUGUAAAAUCAGAGGAUGGUGGCGACUAUGAAUGCAAAGCAACUUCAAAGGCUGGAGAAUCAUCCCAUUCAGCACGAUUAAAUAUUUAUGGAAUGCCGUACGUCCGCCCCAUGCCGCCAAUAUCAGCUGUUGCUGGAAAACCGUUUUUUCUCAAGUGCCCUGUAGCUGGAUAUCCAAUCGAAAGUAUAACUUUAGAAAAAGAUGGUGUAAAACUUCCAACUAACAUAUGACAGAGGAUUCAAAAUGGCACUUUAUCAAUAGAUAACGUUCAGAAAACUGCUGACCAAGGAACAUAUACCUGCAUCGCUCGUAACAAACAUAAUUAUACAUCACAACGUACAGUUGAAAUAAAAGUUCUUGUCCCACCGAAAAUCACACCUUUUUCCUUUGCCCGCGAUUUGAAUGUUGGCGAUCGUACAAGCAUUCAGUGUGUCAUCGGAACUGGCGAUUUGCCAUUGACUUUUACAUGGCUGAAAGAUGGCCAGCAACUACUAUCGCAUGGAAGUACGAGUGUGUCACAAUUUGGAGGCAGUUCCGGUAAUGAUGGUUCCCAAGUUUCAUUUCAAAAUGCUGCUAGAAAUUUGGAUGAUGGUAUGUCGAAUCCUGUUGAUAGAGUUAGUUACGAUGACGGAGUUGUGGUGACGAUACGCCAAAAUGAUGAUUUCACUAGUGCGCUAAGUAUAACGAGUGUGACACAGUCUCAAGGUGGUACAUACACUUGUAGAGUACAAAACAAUGCGGCAACUGUAUCUCAUUCGGCACAGCUUCGAGUCAAUGUUCCACCCAGGUGGAUUACUAAACCAACCGACCAUAACGCCGUUCUUGGAAAUUCUGUCGUAAUAACUUGUAACGCAGAUGGCUUUCCGAUUCCUGAUAUAACAUGGAAGCAAUCUAUAGGUGUACAUUCUGGAGAAUACCGUGAGUUGAGCUAUUCUGGCGGAAAUGGAAUGAUUGUAAGCUAUAAGAAUGGAUCAUUAAUUAUACCAAAAGUAAGCAAAGACCAUGAGGGUAGUUAUUUGUGCCAAGCUAGCAAUGGGAUAGGGGCUGGACUGAGCACAUUAAUAAAGCUGACGGUACAUGUUGGACCUCAAGUUACUGUAAGAAGUAAGCAACUAACAGUUCGCCGUGGUGAUAGAGUGAAUUUAUUUUGUGAAGCGGAAGGUGAUCAGCCAUUGGAUAUUUACUGGCGUGCCAGAGGAAAUCGCAUUGAUACUGCCUAUGACAUACGAUACACUUUGAAUGAUUCACCUAUAAGUCAUGGAAUUGUCUCGGAACUAAGCAUUUUGCAAACUGUUAUAUCGGAUAGAGGAGAAUACACAUGCGUUGCAAGUAAUGCUUAUGGACAUGACAAAGCUGUUUUAAAUCUUCAAGUUCAAGAGCCCCCUAAUUUUCCAAUGAAUUUACAUGUUGUUGAGCUGGGGAGUCGCACAAUAACUUUGGCUUGGUCGCGUAACGAUCAAGAUCAAACGAACGUAUACCGAGAAUCACAGCCGAUAUCAAACUACAUAUUGCAAUAUAAAAAAGCACAAGAAGUUUGGCACGAGCACAAUAAUCAAAAACUUUUACCUGGGGAUAAAACAUCGGCACAAGUAACUUCGUUGAAACCCUCACAAUCGUAUCACUUUCGUUUGUAUGCUGAAAAUCAUUUGGGAACAAGUGCACCUAGCGAUAUUCUCCUUGCUCAAACGGACGCAGAUGUCCCAAGUGGACGUCCGCAGAAUGUUGCCGCUGAACCCCUUGGCCCUCAACAGCUACUUAUAACCUGGCGUCCUCCUGAAAGGGAUAGUUGGAAUGGCGAACUUCUUGGAUACACAAUCGGUUAUCAGAAACAUGAGGACAGUGCAUAUAACUAUACUAAAGUCGGAAUAUUGUUUGGUGAAGGAUUGCAUGAUUUUAGAUUGGUUGGCCUAGAAAAAUACACUCAGUAUGAUAUUACUGUCUCAGCUUUCAAUGUAAAAGGAGAUGGACCUCCAAGUGAAUCUAUAAUGGGUCACACUUUGGAAGAUGUUCCAUCGAUGUCUCCACAAAGUGUUGCUUGUACUGCACUAACAGCUCAAAAUAUACAAAUUUCAUGGCAAGCACCUCCAAAGGAAAAUACACAUGGAAUAAUACAAGGCUACAAGGUCCUCUACGAGCCUUGGAAUGAUGAAAGUGAUUAUGGUAAUCGAGAGACAAAGAUAACUUCUUCAUUAAAUACAGUCUUACAUGGAUUGCAACCAUUUACCAAAUAUAGUGUUCAGGUACUGGCUUUUACAAGAGCUGGUGAGGGUGUUUUAAGUUCAGUAAUCACAUGUACUACAGAAGAAGCCGUUCCAGAUGCUCCUGAAAGGGUGAAAUCCGUCGUUAGCAGUGAGUCGUCAGUGAUAAUUAGUUGGCUUCCACCACGACGACCAAAUGGGAUUGUAACAAAAUACAAUGUUUAUAUUCGAAUAUUGGAAAAAGGACAAGAGUUAAAAAUUCUUAAGGAAGUGUUACCAGCUCACAAUCGUCAUUUUGAAGCCAAAGAUUUAACAACAAGAGAAACUUAUGAGUCUUGGGUAACGGCUUCGACGCGUGUCGGACAAGGUCCUAGUACUCCAGUUAUUAAACUAUCACCGAGCUUUGCAGUACCAGCUGCAAUUAUUUCAUUUGGACAGUCAUUGAGUGUUAGCUGGAAAGUAGACAUGAAGCUGACUUGCUUGUUUGUAGGAAAUCCCAAGCCGAAUGCCGAAUGGAAACUUUUGAACUCGAGGUCAAAAAAACAAUUCCGAUUAGAAGUUGGAAGUGACAAUACUUUGACUCUAAGAAAUAUACAACGAAGCCAUGAGGGUAAUUAUUCGUGUGGUGUUCGCAACGCUUUGAGCUCGGAUCAUGUGGUCUAUCAGUUACUUGUUCAAGUUCCCCCCGCUGCUCCUAUCUUAUCUAUAACUGGAACUACCUUCAAAUCUGUAUCAUUACAAUGGCAUGUAGACGAUACUGGUGGCGCACCUCUGAGGGGCUUUACUUUAACUUAUCGAAAAGAAUUUGGUGAAUGGGAAGAGUUGCAGGUAGAUCGCCGUAUUCACUCUUAUUUACUAGAAAAUCUUCAAUGUGGAACUCGUUAUCAAUUUACCAUAACAACAUUUAAUAAAAUUGGCACUGGACUUACAAGCGUGGUUGAAUCUGCAAAAACAAAAGGAAAUAAACCAGUUCCUGCUCGAAAACAAAACCUAAUUAAACCAAAUAUAACAUCAGCUAUUCUCGAGUUAUCUUCAUGGAAAGAUGAAGGAUGUCCUAUUCUUUACUUCACCAUUGAAUUCCGAAGAUAUCGAAAAUCAAGUGAUUGGAUUAUUGUUUCUAGUAGUAUUGCUACCCAGCCUCGAUACACCCUCGGUGAUUUGGAGCCAGCGACGGCAUACAGCCUUCGAAUAACAGCACACAACCAUGCAGGCUCAACUCAGGCUGAAUACCUAUUCAAUACAUUGCAUUUAACAGGUUUAUCAGUUAGUAACAAGGAUGAAAGCGAUGUACCCGAAGCAGGACCAUUAUUUCGUGAUGUCCAUUUUAUUGCCGUUCUAGUAACAUCCGUUUUUGGGACAAUUUUAGCAUUGGUGGGAGCAUGUAUUUGCUUGAGACAUUAUCCAAGACAACAACUAGAUCAAAAUGUCAACCCGAUGCGCCCACCUUUAUCAGAAGGAAAAGAUCCGCGACGUCAAAACCGCUUAGAACAAAUUCCAGAGUACUCUGAGGACAUAUAUCCGUAUGCAACAUAUCAUUUGCCUGACCAAGAAAACCAAUCUGGAAAUAUCGAUCGCAAUGGAAUGGUCUAUGACCCUCGAAAUCAAGAUACUUUAACUCUUGCGAAUAACAAACGUUCUGCAAUCACAGGAAUAAAUAUUGUUGGACAAUCCAGUGCUCCUGUUGUGGCUGAGAAAAAUUCGCCUGUCACAGAAAAGCGUCCAAAAAUUAUUCCUAAUACCAUUAAAUCGGAAUCAGAAGAAUACGAUUCACUCAAUUCGGAUAGUGAUAUAUCUGCUGAAAGAAAUUGUAAUAACAGUCGUACUGAGUCUGAUCGUCAACUAGAUGACCAUGAUUCAUUUAUAUCUCAUGGGCACAGUCCUAUAUCUCGAAAUGGUGGUAAUAAGGAACGACUAUCAGUAUUCAAUAGCACUCCGCAGCAUAGUAAUAACAGCAUGGACAUGCCCCUCGACCACAGAAUCUUUGACCCGCCGCCAAAGCAACAUGCACAAUCUACGUCAGCCACAACCAAUCAACAGCUGCUCCACUAUCUCCACCUUAACAACCAGCAGCACCACCAUAAUUCAUCAACAGUCAGCACUACAAAUCUGCCCCGUAUAUCCUUUGCCAAAAAUAAUCAAAAUGAACCAUCCGAAGUAUGCUCAACACGCAUUAGCCAAUCAGGCUCUUAUGUCGAAAUUUUAAAACACACCAAGUACCAAAAUUUGCAAAGUGAUAAUAAUCAGAGGCAGAAUUUUUCAAUAAAUGAAGAUCCAUUAACUAAAUCAGAUGCAGUUAACAGUCAUCUUUCGUCAUCAUCAUGUCAAAAUAAAAGUUACGGUAAUUUCCUUACAAUCACACCACGACGAAAAGGCAAACUUCUAUCGACUGCAGCAGCUAUUGGUGACCAUCGUUAUCAUCAUAACAUUGAACCUUUAAAUUUGCUAAGCGUUGAAAAAGACAACAAUGCCACCAUAAAAUCAACUAAACUCUACGAUUACAAAACAUUGGAAACCCUCAGUAAAGCUGAUACACUUCUUUUAGGUUCUACAAUUUUUCCUAAGCUAAAGAAGACAUAUUGCGCAGAAAUAACUACUUUUGCAGCUAGUGAUAAAAGUUUUGAAAACGGCAGCAACACCACUAACCAAUCAUCAAAUAUAUGUGAAUUCCAACAAAUAUUAUUAGACACAAACCUUAGCCCACCUACUGCAUUUAGCGAUGGGGCUAAAAAAUCUUCAUUAUCGUAAAGACUGAACCAGAAGAAGGUAUUUCUACGAAUUUUUUUUUUUAUUUUAUAAAAAUAACUAAAUAUAUUGAGAUUCCUCCAUUGAAAAAAAAAACAUAUCACAACUAAAUACAUUGACCAUGUAAUGGAACUCAACGAAAAAGGGUUUUUUGUUACAUAUUUUUCUUGUACGUUGAUAUGAAAUUUAUAAAAAUAUCACACUAUUAAGGUUAUAUAAAAACGCUUAAAUGUAUCUAAUGGCUUUUAUCAAGAAAACAAUGAAUACAAAAGAAACAAAUUCAAUUAGAGUACACUUUGAGGGGACUCAAUAUCUGAAUUUUUUUUACAAAAAAAAAAUCAAUCAAUUAAAUAGAAACAUGUCAAUUUUUACAAUUAACUUUUACGUGAAAAUAACAAUAUAGUGAAUAUUUUUAAAAAUCUCGUUAACCUAAAUAUCACCAUACUCUACUUUUUUUCAUAGUGUUUUAUUUAAAAAUUAAUAGGUGUAUAGACACAUGGCGGAUAAGUUUCAAAAACGGAUUUAACAAGUUAAAUAAAGUUUGUAUAGAGUUUAUUAUUUUCUAGUUUUGAUUAAAAAAAAACGUCCUCAGAUAGAAAUAAUUGUAUAAUAAAUUAAAGACGGUUAGGAUUCGGAAUUUUAUCUUAAAACUCAAUCAAAAUAAGGAAAAGGAAAAUUAGAUUAGAACAAUUAUUUUUAAAGUCUUACGUUAUACGUAUUUAUUUUAAUCUUCACCUUAUUACUACGAGUAUUUUGACCUUAUAUAUUCAAUGAUCUAAUCAGUUUUAAAUAAACCCAUAUCUUUAAAUUUGU